AUGGAAAAUCCGUACGAACAAGUUCACCAGAGUAUCUUGGCCCGUAUAGUUAACAACGUUGAGCGGUUGAAUGAAAGUGUUGUGACUCUAAACCAGGAGUUGCAGAAUAUCAAUGCACGCAACAAGAACUUGCAGAUUAUGGGCCAAAUGAGCGAGAACUAUCACAAGAGCGUGCAGUUCAAUAUGACGGCAACGAACCAAAAACGGGAGCCUUUGUGA